UCGAUUCACAGACACAUUUGUUAGGCCCUGUGUGCGCAUUUGCUACUGUAUGUAUAUUUUGUAUUGUUCACUGAUCUAGAUAACUGUCUCAACGCUCAUAAUGCCAAAAACUGCAGUACUCAAGAUAAGCGCAGAAAAUGCGGUGAAGGUGGAAAACUUCCGUCAGUCACUGUAUCGACAGGCUGAAGAUCUCUUCUCUAAUCAUAUUCCCAGGAAAAUCUCUAAACUGGACAAUUUACUUCAGGAAGAAGAACUCAAUGUCACUGACCUCUCCUCCCUCCAUGCACCCCUAGAAAUCCCCAUUCCUGAUCCCCCCACCCCUGAGGAUGAGGAAAUGGAGACAGACAAGAAUGAAGAGGAGGAGAAAAAGAAGAAAAAACCCCCCAAGUGUGGUUUCAUCAAAGGUAAUGAGAGGAUUGUGAAGCUGCUGGAUAUAGUGAAGCCAGAGAUUGUUGCACUGAAGGAGACCUGCAUCACAGUUUCCUGUUGGAUUGCACACCUCAUUCCUAAAAUAGAGGACGGCAAUGAUUUUGGUGUUGCAAUCCAGGAGAAGAUCAUUGAGAGAAUAGCUGCUGUGAAGACUAAAGUGGAGGGAUUUCAAACCAACAUAAAUAAGUACUUCUCAGAGAGGGGUGAUGCAGUAGCCAAAGCCUCCAAAGACACUCAUGUGAUGGACUACCGUGCCCUAGUCCAUGAGAAAGAUGAGGCUGCGUUCUCUGAGAUCAGGGUUAUUGUGCUGGACAUCCGCGGAUUCUACGCUGAGCUCUAUGACAUCAUCAGUAAGAACUUGGAGAAAGUGACUAAUCCAAAGGGAGAGGAGAAGCCUUCCAUGUACUAAGAGUGUUUCAUGUGGUUGGGGCCAAGAAGAUAAACAGAGGGGAGAGCGAUAGUCAGAAACACACCUUUCCAUUCAGGAUAACCUUUUUUUUUUCAGUGAAACAUACAAUCAGUCAUUUUGUACUCUUCAGAUAGUAGUGUCUCAAAUCAAUAAACAAAGUCUUGAUACAGCAGAAUUGUAGCAGCUCAUAACUUUGGCCA